GGCGUCAUAAGGUCGCCUAAAUGCUCUUUCUCGACUGUACGCUCGCCUCAAUCUCUCUCUCUCUCUCGCACACAACAAAAUACAUAGAAUAGCUGUUAUAACUCUGGUAAUAAAGAGGAGAAGCAACAAGCAAGCUCACACAACACAACAUAGAAGACUCUUUCUUUAUCUCCUUCAUCCGAUCAAUAAACUAACAAGUGAGAUUAGGAGAGUAGAAAAAGGCAGAUGUUUGAUGAAAGUGAAUCAAGUUUGGACCAUAGUUUUGAGAAACUGAUGGUUGUCUCUGCUUGUGUGAAAAUGGGUGGUAGUGGAGUGAUGACUGAAUGGAAAGACAUCCCGAUGGAGCUUCUGCUGCGAAUUGUGUCACUUGUGGAUGAUCGCUCUGUCAUUGUUGCCUCGGGUGUAUGUAGCGGUUGGAGAGAUGCUAUCUGUUGGGGUCUUACACGGCUUUCCCUUUCUUGGUGCAAGAAGAACAUGAAUAACUUGGUGUUAUCUCUCACUCCCAAAUUUUCGAAACUGCAAGUUCUAGUUUUGCGUCAGGAUAAAUCACAGCUGCAGGAUAAUGCCGUUCAAACUAUUGCAAAUUAUUGUCAUGACGUGAAGGAUCUCGACCUUAGCAAGAGUUUCAAACUCACUGAUCGCUCGUUGCAUGCUUUAGCUCAUGGUUGCCCUAAUCUUAUAAAGCUGAACAUCAGUGGGUGCUCAGCAUUUAGUGACACCGCCCUUGCAUAUCUAAGUGAUUUCUGCAGAAAAUUAAAAACCUUAAACCUUUGUGGAUGCACAAAAGCUGCAUCUGACUCCGCUCUAAAGGCCAUUGGAUAUAAUUGUACUCAACUGCAGUAUCUCAAUCUGGGAUGGUGCGAGAAUGUUAGCGAUAUUGGUGUUAUGAGUUUAGCUUAUGGAUGUCCUGACCUAAGAAUCCUCGACUUGUGCGGUUGUGUUCUUAUAACAGAUGCGAGCGUAGUUGCUUUGGCAAACAAUUGCCUUCAUCUGCAGUCUCUCGGUCUCUACUAUUGCCAAAAUAUCACAGACAGAGCAAUAUAUGCUCUGGCUCACAGUCGAGUGAAGAACAAGCAGAGUGUAUGGGAAUCUGUGAAAAACAGAUAUGAGGAAGAAGGGCUUAAGAAUCUUAACAUCAGUCAGUGCACAGCUCUCACUCCUCCAGCUGUUCAAGCCUUGUGUGAUUCAUGCCCAGCACUUCAUACGUGCCCAGGAAGACAUUCACUGAUUAUAAGUGGCUGUCUCAACUUAACGUCUGUGCACUGUGCUUGUGCUGUUCAAGCUCAUCGCGCAACCAACAAUGUUCAAGCUCACUAAAAAAGAGCGGAGGUAAAAGUGUUCUGUUUCUGUCUCAGGGCUGGGGUGGGGCUUGGGGAGUAGGAUGGUGAAAUAAUGUGGCAAGAACUAUGAAUGUUGCUUUAGUCUGACUGUAAUAUGGACAUUUUAUUAUUGACGAACAUCUUAAUGGUCUCGGCAUUGUGUGAUUUGCAUAUUGAUAUUGUCUGUCA